UAUCGAGAGCCACGCCACGCCGCCGACCUGCCCCAAUCACUUGCAUAUGUCACCGUAAAAGUCUUCGUUACCACCACCUUCAAGGCAGACUCCAAACUACGUGGCGGGUAAAGCAGGUCAAUAAUAGGAGCCAGAGGGGCCAAAAAUGCACACCUUCUCCCCUCCUUGACAGGAUACAGCCAGUGGCCAGUAUGCUGUCCUCCAGACGCUGUUUCUCAGCAUGCCGUAGCUGGGAUUCAGGGAUCCGCAGGCUCCGGUCUGCUCCUGUGCUGUUUCAGCGCAGUUCUCGGCUCGGGGUUUCAGUCUCGCCGUCUUCCUUGGGGAGCCGUUGGAGCCUGCGAUGCUACACUGGUGAUGGGUCCACCUAUUACGAUGCCAAAGUGGGAGAUAUAAGAAAUAUUGGGAUUAUAGCUCACGUUGAUGCGGGUAAAACAACAACCACAGAACGGAUGCUUUUCCAUAGUGGCCUGACAAAGCACUUGGGCAAUGUUGACAGCGGCGAUACUGUCACUGACUUCCUUCCCAUGGAGAGGGAUAGAGGCAUCACCAUCCAGUCAGCCGCCAUCACCUUUCAGUGGCCACGGCCGGCGGAGUGUGCCCCAGGCGUCUCGCCCAAGACAGUCAACCUGAUCGACACGCCCGGCCAUCAGGACUUCCGCUUCGAGGUCGACCGCUGCAUGCCCGUGCUGGACGGCGCCGUCUGUAUCAUCGACUCUGUCAAGGGCGUCGAGGCUCACACGGAGCGCGUCUGGGCCUCGGCACAGCAGUUUUCGAUCCCCCGCAUCCUCUACGUCAACAAACUGGAUCGCGACGGCGCUUCCUUCCAACGCUCCGUCUCCGAGAUCGCCAGUCGUCUCAAUUCAUGGCCCCUGGUUCUCCAGAUUCCCUGGUGGGAUAAGGACAACUUUGUUGGUGUCAUAGACGUUGUCAACAGCAUCGGGUACCGCUGGAAGUCUUUGGGUGUCAAGACGACCUACAGCCAGGAGAAGCUCAAGGCCGUCUUGGGUGAAACCAACCCAACUCUCCUAGCUCAGAUGGACGAGGCAUAUGAAGCUCUCAUCAACACCCUCUGCGAACUAGACGAAGAGUUCCUUGAUCGAGAUUUGGACAACAUGACACCCGAGAUCAUAAGAACAACCAUCAGAAAACUGAUCAGUACCGGCGACGGCAAGAUGGUUCCCGUGUUUGCGGGCUCAAGUUUGAGAAACAUUGGUGUGGACCCUCUCCUUGACGCCGUGGUCGACUAUCUACCAAGUGCCAACGAACGGCCGCCACUUGAAGUCUCCAUCGACGGAGUAAAGUCAACGCUAGAGCAAGCUAUCAAAAACCAAAGCUCGGGCAAAAACAAGCGUCCGGUGGGCAUAUCUGCCCUUGCCUCCGUGUUCAAGGUCGCCAACGACUUCAGCAAGCACGACGCAACAAAGAGCAUGCUGUCCUUCGUUAGGGUGUACCACGGCAAGCUGCCAGCGACCGGCGAGGUGUGGAACGCAACAAGAGGCGCUGCGGAGCACGCUAUGAGCAUGGUGCAGAUCUCGGCCAACAAAACCCACCAGAUCCCGCACUUGUCGACAGCCCAGAUCGGUGCGCUCAAGGGUCUCAAGGAUGCCAAAACCGGCGAUACCCUGAUACUCGCGACCAACGUCGGCCACAAGUGGACGGAGAGCCCGCUGAGCAGACUCCAGGUCCGGCCGGCGGAGAUCCCGCAUCCCGUGGCCUUCAUCACCAUGGCUCCUCAGUCCAGGUCAGGAAUCAAAGGCGUGGAGAGUGCACUGGAGAGGCUGUCUCGUGAGGAUCCUAGCCUUCGGUAUAGCUACAACGAUAAGGAGGAGGUCUUCAUCUUGUCAGGCAUGGGCCGUCUCCAUAUCGAGGUCUCCCUGGACCGACUCAAGACCGUAUACGGUCUGGAGGCCAACAUCUUUGGCAUCGAGGUCGAGUACAAGGAGUGUAUCUUGCGGUCUACAGGGCCCCAGCGCCAUCUCUUUGAUGGCGUCGUGAAUAGCAAGAGCGGCAAGGCGGCCUGCACGGUUACUCUUAAGCCAAAGUCCGAGGACGGAGAGGAGGGAAGCUACGCGGCGCCCAUCGACGAGGACAAUGCGGUCCGCAUCAUCUUUGCGGAAAACCCCGACGGCUCCGGGUGGCCCGAGGGCUUCGACCCCGAAAGGACGCGACACGAGCUCCUGAGCGGCGCGGCGGCGGCCCUCCGCACGGGGCCCAGGCUGCGGCGGCCGGUACACGGCUGCGUGGCCAGCGUCGCCUACGAUCCGGCGACCGACUUCUUCGGCGCCGGCACGCCGAGCUCCCACAACGUCAAGGCCGCCUACAACGCCGUCAAGGCGUGCCUCAAGGACGCGCACGCCAGGUCGCUCGUCGGCAUCCUCGAGCCCGUCAUGAGGGUCGACAUCGCCUGCCCCGAGGGCGCGGCCGACGCCAUCCAGCACGACAUCUCGGGCGCCCGCGGCGGCACCGUGCUCGAGGUCAUGGACCGGAGCGCCGAGGUGGGGGCGGCCACGGCGGCCGUCGCCGACGCGACCGAGGGCGGCGAAAGGAUCCCGCUCGACAGCGUCUACGUGCCGCGGGACCCGUACGAGAGCGUGCAGUCGCUGCGGGACCAGAAGAAGGGGCUGGUGCGCAUGCUGGAGAUGAAGGCCAUCGUGCCGUUCAAGGAGAUGCUGGACUACGACUCCAAGCUGCGGAGCAUGACGGCCGGGCGCCACUCGCUGGCCAUGUCGCUGGACACGUUCAAGCAGGUGACGGGCCCGAGGGAGAAGGCGAUUGGUUGAUUCCUAGGUAGCUAAGAGUCGACGUUUUUGUCGCGACGGUGCUUGUAUUACCCUUGUACGAAUAUCAAAGGAGGGUGUGGGAAGCAUACAGACGAAUUGAAGGAGAAUUUAGAAAAAAUAGACGAAGGGAUGAUUGCUGGGUUAGCG